AUGUCGAACGAAGGCGAUCCACCGAUUCAACACGAAUCAUCAUCAGCCGAACAACAGCAGCAACAGCAAUUACCGACUGCGGAACAAGCCACCACCGGGGGCAAGGCGGAGGGCAGCGCGUCGUUUUUGCGAGCUGCACGAGCUGGUGAUUUGGACAAAGUUCUCGAAUUACUUCGUUCUGGCACUGAUAUCAACACUUCAAAUGCCAAUGGACUUAAUGCACUUCAUUUGGCAUCGAAAGAGGGGCAUAAGGAAGUGGUUAGGGAAUUGAUUAAGCGAAAUGCACUUGUUGAUGCGGCCACAAGGGUAUGUUUAGUUUUUUUUUCUUGCUGGGUUUUUUUGAGAGGGGAAGAUUCCUCAGAGAGGGGGUUUGUGAACACACCCGCUCAAACAAUGAAAAAAUUAGCAAAAUGCUGUUCUCAUUGGCGUACCAAUUUUAGUUACCUUAGAGGUCGUUAUAUGAAAAAAUAAAAAUACCAUUAGAAUCAGCGUCUCAAGAUCUACAUUAAACUAUGUUACUCAUAUUUUUAGGGGUCCUGCGAAUAAACCACGUAUUUUUUGGCCCUCGAGUUCGCGGUUAAAUAAAUACGUGUCCCUUUAAUCAGCAACGUAAAUCAAUGAAAUAAUUGGCGUACCAAUUUUCGUUAGGAAAACAGGCGUUAGAGAAAAAAUGAAAAAUACCACGAGAUUCAGCGUGUCGAAAUUGGCUCCACCAAAGCUUAUUUCCAUGCAGUUUUUCCUAGGAGCCCAGGAAGGCCAGCUUUUCGAGACCCAAUAAAUUAAUAAAUGUAUGUUCCUUUGAACGAACAAAACAGUGUGAAUUUUCGAGAGACGCAGAGACGCGGUGUUUGCACACUUCUCGAUUGCGUUCUACAGUAGAAAAACAGUCAUUUCUCGUUUCAGCGGGGUGUGUGAAGUUUUUGUGUUUGAACCGAUAUGGCCUAGAAAACCAAUUGUAUUUUCUCUUCCACCAUUAUUUUUGAAUGAACAACAGGUCUUUUGAAGCCAAAUAAACUGAAUUCACCAAUAAUUUUCAUUCCAGAAAGGAAACACCGCAUUGCACAUUGGCUCACUAGCCGGACAAUCGUUAAUAGUUACAAUUCUCGUUGAAAAUGGUGCCAACGUCAACGUGCAAUCGGUCAACGGCUUCACCCCGCUCUACAUGGCGGCUCAAGAAAAUCACGAAGACGUUGUUCGAUAUCUGCUCAACCACGGAGCCAAUCAAGCGCUCUCCACCGAAGACGGUUUCACUCCACUCGCCGUCGCUUUACAACAAGGACACGAUCGAGUUGUGGCGGUGUUGCUCGAAAAUGAUACACGUGGAAAAGUUCGAUUGCCAGCGUUGCAUAUUGCUGCGAAAAAAGAUGACACCAAGGCGGCAACACUUUUACUACAAAAUGAGCAUAAUCCAGAUGUAACUUCGAAAUCCGGAUUCACACCAUUGCAUAUCGCGUCGCAUUAUGGACAUGAGAAUAUUGCUCAAUUAUUGUUGGAUAAAGGAGCAAAUGUGAACUAUCAAGCAAGGCAUAACAUCAGGUACAGUAUACUUUUUACUCAAUUUCCUAGCCCAACCCAUGUGUCUAUACCGAAUAUUGAAUUAUGUGAGCAAACAAAAGAAAAUAGUCCAAAAAGCUCUCUAGGGACCCUUAUGUUCUUUUUGUGUGUUUGUGUGUGUCACAAAUAUGCGCCAAGCGCAUACACAUUUAUAUAAUAUAUCUUUCCAGCCCUCUCCAUGUUGCCACCAAAUGGGGACGAACAAAUAUGGCCAAUCUUUUAUUGUCACGUGGCGCUGUCAUCGAUUCGCGAACCAAAGAUCUCUUGACACCUUUGCAUUGUGCUGCAAGAUCUGGACAUGAUCAAGUCGUUGAUUUGCUUGUUGUUCAAGGCGCACCGAUUUCCGCCAAAACCAAGAAUGGACUUGCUCCUUUACAUAUGGCAGCUCAAGGUGAUCAUGUUGACGCCGCUCGAACUUUAUUAUAUCAUCGAGCACCGGUUGAUGAUGUGACUGUGGAUUAUUUGACACCUUUACACGUGGCAGCGCAUUGUGGACAUGUUCGUGUUGCAAAAUUGCUUCUUGACCGAAACGCCGAUCCAAAUGCGAGAGCUUUGAAUGGAUUCACACCACUUCACAUCGCUUGCAAGAAGAAUCGCAUAAAGGUUGUCGAGCUUCUCUUGAAAUACCGUGCCGCAAUCGAAGCUACCACCGAAAGUGGAUUAACACCUCUUCACGUCGCUUCAUUUAUGGGUGCAAUCAAUAUUGUCAUCUAUCUUUUGCAACAAGGUGCAAAUCCGGAUGUUGAAACAGUUCGAGGCGAAACACCACUUCAUCUCGCUGCUCGCGCCAAUCAAACUGAUGUUGUUCGAGUAUUGAUCCGCAAUGGGGCCAAGGUCGAUGCUCAGGCAAGAGAACUGCAAACACCACUUCAUAUCGCUUCCCGUCUCGGUAAUACAGAUAUUGUUGUUUUAUUACUUCAAGCUGGCGCGAAUUCGAAUGCAGCAACACGCGAUCAAUACACACCACUGCAUAUUGCUGCAAAAGAGGGGCAAGAAGAAGUCGCGGCAAUUUUAUUAGAUCACAAAGCGGAUAAGACAUUACUCACCAAGAAAGGAUUCACACCACUUCAUCUUGCGAGUAAAUAUGGGAAUUUGGAAGUCGUCAAACUUUUAUUGGAGAGGGGUACUCCGGUAGAUAUUGAGGGCAAAAAUCAAGUUACACCAUUACAUGUUGCUGCACAUUAUAAUAAUGAUAAAGUUGCGAUGUUAUUGCUGGAAAAUGGGGCUUCAGCAAAAGCAUACGCGAAAAAUGGUUAUACACCUUUGCAUAUUGCUGCCAAGAAAAAUCAAAUGGAGAUUGCGUCAACGUUAUUGCAAUAUAAAGCGGAUCCCAAUGCAAAAUCCCGCGCAGGAUUCACUCCACUCCAUUUGGCAUCACAAGAAGGACAUCGUGAGAUCUCGGGGCUUCUCAUCGAAAACGGUUCUGAUGUGGCGGCAAAGGCGAACAACGGUCUGACGGCGAUGCAUUUGUGCGCGCAAGAAGAUCGUGUGCCAGUCGCUCAGAUUCUCAAGGACAACAACGCCGAGAUCAACAGCAAAACCAAUGCUGGCUACACACCACUGCAUGUUGCUUGCCAUUUCGGACAAUUGAAUAUGGUCAAAUUCCUCGUCGAAAAUGGGGCCGAUGUGGGAGAGAAGACCAGAGCUUCUUAUACACCGUUGCAUCAAGCCGCUCAACAAGGACACAAUAAUUGUGUGAGAUAUUUGUUGGAGCAUGGAGCAUCGCCGAAUGAGCAAACUGCGGUGAGUUUAGAUUUUUUAAAAUCUUUUUAAAAAACGUGGCGCAUAUUUCUCAUCAAUUCAAAAAUUUUUUUUGUAGACUGGCCAAACACCACUCUCUAUCGCCGAACGCCUUGGUUAUGUCUCAGUUGUCGAGACGUUGCGAACUGUCACUGAAACAACUGUGAUCACCGAAACCACCACCGUCGAUGAACGCUACAAACCACAGAAUCCCGAAGCGAUGAAUGAAACAAUGUUCUCAGAAUCUGAAGAUGAGGGACAAGCAGCUGAACAUGAAGUUGCUGCGGCUCACGCUAAAGAUUUCUCGGAUAAUUUGACACAAGCACUUCAAGAUUCGACUGGUGUUCAUAUGAUUCACACUGGGGAACAGGUACAUUUUUAUUUUUUUUUUGGGGAGAAUUUUCUGAUUCUGAAUAUUAUUAUAAACUCACUUUCAAAGAAAAAUUUCUAUAGGAUGUCUCAAAUUUCGCUCUCCCGAAAAGUGUCAAAACAAAUCCCCAAUGAUUUUUUUCUUGCGAAAAAGUGUCAAUCCCUCAAUUUUUCGCCAUUUUAUUUGAACUAUACCAAAAAAUCAUCUUCAAAAACCAAUAAAAAUAAUAAAUAAAUAAAGGAAAAACCCUCAGUUCUUCGAGAAAAAAAAAUUUUUUUCUUCGAUUUUUUUUCGCUUUCGCUUUCGUUUUGGUUGUGGUGGUGAAAAAUGAACCCCCAACACCACAUAAAAAAUAAAUAAUCCAAGAAAAAAUGAUCCUUUUUCCCUCUUUUUUUUCUUCUCGAGACUAGCCGUAGUACACAUCUGGUGCAUGUUUAUAUUAGACAGCAGAAGGAAAGAAAAAUGUUUUUUUUUUUGUAAAAAAAAUAUUAUUCUUAUUCUUUUCUCGCCCGAGGACACUUUUUUUGACCAACCAAAAAUAUUAUUAUUGAUUUUAAUAUAGUCCCAUUUCCAGCUGCUUCAACGAAGCCAAGAGCUCGAGAACGGCGGCGCAAUUCCAAAGGUGAACUCGGGUGGUGUGACACCAGACAAAGAGUUUGUGGCUAAAAUUGCACCCGCCGCCGCUGUUGCACCGCGAGCCUCAACACAUGUCGACAACGCCGACAACAUCGAGGAGUUGAUUCGAAGAGCGCAAGCGAAUCCCAUUCAAACACAACCCAAUUACGAUAUGGUUGUUGAUCCGAGCAGUCAUCAUCCGGAUAAUGUUCCGAUUGGACAUCAUGUCACACAACCAAGGUUUGUACUUGUUUUCUAAUGUUAAUUAGAUUAACACUCCCCUAUCUAACAAGUUUUUGAGUGACAUUAACUAUUUACAGUAAACUACAACAUCUAAAGUAAGUACCAACCUGUAGUUUUAGUUAUUAUUGUGAUGUUUUUUGGUUUGCAUGUUAUUUAUUUAUUUAUUUUUUUUUAGAUACAAAGAGGUCCAGAACAGGCCUGUGCCGGAAAUUUUCCGAAUUUUCCGAAUUUCCGGAUUUUCCGCUUUUUUCACGGAAAAAUCAAUUUUCCGGUUUUCCGGAAAAUGUGCUCGGAAAAUCCGGAAAAUGAUCUUUAGUAGUAAUACUUACAAUUUUGCCUAAAUUUUGGGAAAUUUUCUCAGUUUAUGAUAGAAAAAAUGAAAUUUUUGGAAAUUUUUUUUCAAUUUUUCAAAUUUUACUAUUUUUUAAACGUAAAACAUCUCAAAUAGUUACUAAAUUACCUGUUAAUAGAAGAAUUGUAAAUAAAAAUAAGUUUUAGUGCCAACUUAAGGCUGAAAAUCGAAAUUUCAGACUUUGAAAAAUUUUCCGGAUUUUCCGGUUCAAAAAAUUCGGAAAAUUUCCGACUUUCCGUUUUCCGGGUUUUGAUUUUCCGGCACAGGCCUGGUCCAGAAUUUCGAGAGCUCGGACCUCAAGAUUUCUUCCCACACCCAUAAUAAAUUUUUUUUGCAGUUUCCUGAUCUCAUUCCUUGUUGACGCUCGAGGUGGCGCAAUGCGUGGUUGUCGUCAUUCGGGUGUUCGAAUCAUCGUGCCACCCAGAAAAGCCUCUCAACCAAUUCGUGUAACUUGCCGCUAUUUGCGAAAAGACAAGCUCGCCCACCCACCACCACUCUCCGAGGGCGAAGAGCUGGCCUCAAGAAUUUUGGAGAUGGCACCAGCCGGCGCCAAAUUCUUGGGUCCAGUCAUUCUCGAAGUUCCACAUUUCGCAUCGUUGAGAGAUCGCGAGCGCGAAAUUGUGAUUCUUCGAUCCGACGAUGGUCAACACUGGAAAGAACAUCAAUUGGAGGCGACUGAAGAUGCGGUUCAAGAGGUGCUCAAUGAAUCGUUUGAUGCCGAAGAUUUGGCACAACUCGAUGAUUUGCACACGCCAAGAAUCACUCGAAUUCUCACCAAUGAUUUCCCAAUGUAUUUCGCUGUUGUGACACGUGUCAGACAAGAAGUUCAUUGUGUUGGACCAGAAGGUGGAGUCAUCAUCUCAUCGGUUGUUCCAAGAGUUCAAGCAAUCUUCCCCGAUGGCUCGUUGACAAAAACAAUCAAAGUGUCAGUUCAAGCACAACCAGUUCCACAAGACAUGGUUACUCGAUUACACGGUAAUCGUGUUGCUGUCUCGCCAAUUGUUACUGUCGAACCACGUCGACGAAAGUUCCACAAACCGAUUACUCUUUGUAUUCCACUACCACAAAGUAAUAACAAGGGAAUGUUGACACAAUACAGUGGACAACAGGGACAAGAACCACCAACUCUUCGAUUAUUGUGCUCAAUUACUGGAGGAUCAGCGCCAGCUCAAUGGGAAGAUAUUACUGGAACAACACAACUAACAUUCACUGGAGAUGAGGUUUCAUUCACUACUACAGUAUCUGCUAGAUUCUGGUUGAUGGAUUGUCAAACCCCACGUGAUGCUGCUCGAAUGGCACAAGAAGUUUAUAAUGAGGCGAUUUCGAUACCCUACAUGGCCAAAUUCGCCGUGUUUGCUCGACGAACUUUCCCGGUUGAGGGACAAUUGAGAGUUUUCUGCAUGACUGAUGACAAAGAGGAUAAGACUUUGGAGAAACAAGAGCAUUUCAAGCUGAUUGCCAAGUCGAGAGAUGUUGAGGUUAGUUUUAAAAAAAAAAUAUUCAUAGGAUCAAUUUACAUACAGCUCAAAUUUCAGGUCUUGAAAGGCAAACAUCAAUUCUUGGAAUUCGCCGGAAAUUUGGUGCCAAUUACCAAAAGUGGAGAUCAACUUAGUCUUUUCUUCUUGCCAUUCCAAGAGAAUCGUUUGGCAUUUAUGGUAAAGACGAGGAAUAAGGAUGAUUCUGAAGCAGCUACCGAGGGAAGAAUCGCUUUCAUGGCUGAGCCAAAGAUCCGCGCCGAAAGUCUUCCACCACAAGCACCAAUUUGCACAUUGGCAAUUUCGCUUCCCGAAUACACUGGUGAAAUCAAGGCUCCAAUUGUCGCCAAAAAAGAUACCACACCAUUCGAGCAAAAGUAUCAAGGAGUUUUGCAAAACGAGUUGCCCGAUUUUGUUCAUUCGAAUGUUAUCAAAGGAGUUGGAGCCGAUUGGCCGAGACUUGGUAGAGCUCUUGAAGUUCCCCAUCGAGAUAUUCAACAUAUUCGACAAAACUAUCCGGGACAAGAGUUGAAGAACACUUUGAAGAUUUGGAUUCAUUUGAAGAAGGAGGAUGCGACGCCAGAGAAUUUGGAUAAUGCUUUGCGACGAAUUGGAAGAGAUGAUAUUGUUCGAAGUAUUGCUUAUGGUGAACCGGAAACAUUGAAUAAUUAUUCGCAAUCUGAUUCGCCAAGUCAAAAACGAUCAUUGGAAUCCUCCGAACCAAUCAAGAAAUACGAAAUCAAGCGAGAAAUUCGCACUGAAGAUAUCGUAACUCACGAGCCAAUCGUUCAACAAGCCGAACCAUCGGUUUCCUCUCCCCAAUAUCAUCAACAUAGUCCAGUUCCAGAAGAGCCGGAGCCAGAAGAGGAAGAAGAACAGCAACCAAGUGGUGCAAAUGAAGGUAUGUAGUUUUUGAAACGUAGAAUUCACUUGAUAAUGUUUUUUUUUGCAGAACCCGUGUCUGAAUUGCGAACCGUUGUUCGAACCGAGCGACACGUUCAUGAUACACCAGAUGGUCCGGUCGUUGAGGAGCGAACCAUUACAACAACCUAUGAAGAUGACGUGGCAGUUAAUGAGAAUAUCUCUGAUCGAACUGUGCCGUUAAACGAGGAAGAGCAACAAAAGUGAGUUGGAGCAUCAAAGAUUUUCAAAAAAAGUUUUUUUCAGAUGGGACGAGCUGAAUCGGUUAGCCGAAGAGGUUCCACAUGUCUCAGCCGAGCAUGAAAGUCUUCCCGAAGGCAUCGAACAAGAGACCGAAACUGAGAGACAUGUUGAAGAUGAUGGAACUGUUGUCACCACAACAACCACAACCAGUCAUGUUACAGGUUCGCCAUUUUUCCCUAUCCAAUCACUUUUUUCCUAUCUUUCCUGCACCAACUUCUAACAUUUUCCAGAAUCCACCCCUGAACAUCAACAUCAUCAUGAUCAAGAAGAAGAAGAAGGUACUAGAUGA